UCACGAUGGUCCUCCCGAGCAUUGUCCCGCGGUUGAAGCAAGUCGUCCUCGCGAAUGAUUUCGUGGCCAAGAACGCUACCUUGACGAACUUCCUGAACCACCCUGCAGGACCGUUUACAGUGCACUUCUGGGCGCCGGCAUUCAAAUGGGGAAUCACGAUUGCCAACAUUGCCGACAUGAACAAGAACCCCGACCUGCUGUCGAUGAACCAGCAGUACGCGGUGACGUUGACCGGGCUCAUCUGGUCUCGGUACAGUUUGGUCGUCACGCCCAAGAACUGGAACUUGUUCAGUGUCAACGUGUUCAUGGCUGGCACGGGGCUCACCCAGCUCUACCGCAAAUACUCGUGGGACCACGGUGGACGGGACGCCGCUGCUGCAGCUGCUGCGGCCCAGCCGGCGACUGCUUAAAAAGUCACCAAACACCGCUCCAUGACACGGUGCCACCACCAGUUCCAUGUAUUAAAGCCAUCUUUAAAACGAUCUUGCAUUCGGUGGCGGUUG